AUGGGUAAAAAUACGAAGGCAAAGAAGCGCGCUGCUUCUUUGGAGGUGUUGGCCUCCAAAAGUUCUCCAAUAUUGGAGUUUGUAUUCGAUGAGCCGUUAAUUCACGUUGCAUGCCAUCCUGAGCAGCCAAUUGUAGUUUGCGCUAUCGCUACAGGCCAUGUUUUCUGUUGUAAAUACGACGCUAAAGCUUUGAAACGUAUCUUGAAUAAGAACGAAGCCAAGCUUGCCGCAUUGGAAAACAAAGAUGAUCAGAAACGUAAGAGGUUUUGGAAGUUGAUAAAACUGAAGGCGGAAAUGGAUACUUAUGAGCUAGAAGAGGGAGAAGAGACCGCCGCGGUUGAGCUACUAUGGAAGACUAGAAGGCACAAGGGGAGUGUCAGAGGGAUGAGUUUCAAUAACGAUGGUUCGAAAUUGUAUACCAUUGGUAUCGAUAACGUGUUGAAGAAAGCCAAUUCACUAACUGGUAAAGUAAUGAAGAAGGUCACAUUACCCUUGUCUAGUGAGAAAAAUCAUUACACCAAGUUAGUAACGUCAAAGACUCAUCCGUUCUUGUUAUUGGGUGAUGAACUCGGUAAUAUCCAUGUGCUGAAUAAUGACACAUUACAGCUUCAAAACACAAUCAAGAGCAUCCAUAAUGGGGAUGCCAUCAAUGACAUUUUCCAAUUUGUCGGGAAAUCUGUAUACAAGUUUAUUUCCUUGGGGCAGACUACAUUAGCGUACUGGGAUAGUAGAGAAUCGAAUGAAAGUGAUGCCAGCAUCCCAGCUGAUGAUUUAGAUGCUAAGAGAAAAGUGUACGUGAGUGAUGAUCAAGAAGACGAAAUGAUCUGCGGCUCUUUCGUAAAUCCAGAGGAUGGAGACAUUCUAGUAUGUGGUAUGGGUGAAGGUGUCUUAACUGUUUGGAAACCUAAGAAGAAUGACUUGGUAGAUCAAGUUACUAGAAUUCCCAUUUGCAAAAAUGAGAGCGUGGAUUGCGUUAUCUCGUCUUUCCAGGAUGAUAACUGUGUCUACUGUGGUUGCUCCAAUGGUAACGUUUACAAAGUUAACGUGAAGCUAGGGAAAGUCAUUGAAAUCCGAAAACACAGCUCUAUCGAUGAAGUAUCCUUCAUCGAUCUAGAUUACGAGUACAGAGUGUUAAGUGCCGGUAUGGACAAGGUCAAAUUAUGGGAUAUCGUGGAUGAGGACGAUGAUGAGGAGGGAAAAAUAAAUGAAAGUUACUCUAACUCGGAAAGUGACAACGACAAUGGUUUUGAUUCUGACGCCGAUUCCAAUUCCGAUUCAGAAUCAGUUUCAUCAUCAGAUGUAGACUCGGCUUCAGAUGACGAAGAGAAUUCUAAAUCCGAAUCUGAAGCGAACGAGAGUGACGUAGAGGAGACCCUAGUAGGCCUUUCCAAGGAUGAGUUGUUAGCAGAAUUGGAGAAAGAUCUUCAAUCAAGCGAUGAGGACUCGAAGCAUUACACCAAGAGAACAAAGAGCACACAACCCAAGAAGCUCAAGAAACAAAAGAAGGAAUUAAAUAACAAGCAACUGAGAAACCUUCAGAAACACGAACACGGUAUCAGAAAGUUUGAAGGAUUGUAG